GCCGCCACCGCCACCGCCGCCGCCGCUGUCGUCGUCGUGGUCGUCGUGGUCGCCGUUGUGGUCGUCGUCGUAUCGUCGUCUCCGGUGUAGCCAUAUUCUCGUGUGUGUUCUAGCGACCCUGUAGAAGUACGCGCGCGCGCGCACCCUUUUUAUUCAGUGGAGGGGUGGCGUCGAUCUUUUCCUCGUCGAUAAGAAGAGAAAAAGGAAGAUCGACAGAAGUGGCAGGGAAUAACGAGGAGGGCGAGUCACGUGUGUCUUUCUCGUGGUGUGUCAUGGGGUGCUUCGGCAGCCAAAGCAGUAAGGCCAGUCAGGAUGAUAGCAAGAACCAGAAGAGACGCUCGGAUGCCAUUACUAGGCAACUGCAGAAGGACAAGCAAGUCUAUCGUGCUACUCAUAGGCUCCUUUUACUCGGAGCGGGAGAAUCUGGGAAAAGUACGAUCGUCAAACAGAUGAGGAUAUUGCAUGUCAACGGUUUCAGCGAAGCAGAGAAGCGGCAGAAAAUCGAAGACAUAAAGAAGAAUAUCAGGGACGCGAUACUGACGAUAACCAGUGCUAUGAGCACGUUAACGCCGCCCGUGACGUUGGAGGAUCCUGCAAAUCAGAGUAGAGUCGACUAUAUCCUGGACGUCUCGUCAUCCCCGGAUUUUGAUUAUCCCGCGGAGUUCUAUGAAAUCGUCGAAACAUUAUGGAGAGAUCGAGGUGUUCAGCAAAGCUUCGAGAGGAGUAACGAGUACCAGCUCAUCGACUGCGCCAAAUAUUUUCUAGACAAAGUAGCUAUUGUAAAACAACCGGACUACACGCCAACGGAGCAGGAUAUCCUGAGGUGUCGAGUCCUUACGUCCGGUAUCUUCGAAACCCGGUUUCAGGUGGACAAAGUAAACUUUCACAUGUUUGACGUUGGCGGACAACGAGACGAAAGGAGAAAAUGGAUACAAUGUUUCAAUGACGUAACGGCGAUCAUAUUUGUAACAGCAUGUAGUAGUUAUAAUAUGGUACUCAGGGAGGACCCGACGAAGUUGAGACUCCGGGAGAGCCUCGAUCUCUUCAAAAGUAUUUGGAACAAUCGAUGGCUCCGCACAAUUUCCGUGAUUUUAUUUCUAAAUAAGCAAGAUCUCUUGGCGGAGAAGAUAAAGGCAGGAAAGCAUAAAUUGGAGGAUUAUUUUCCUGAGUUCUCUCGUUAUCAAACGCCAGUCGAACCUGGUGUAGUCACAGAUCCCUCAGAACCGCCUGACGUCUUAAGGGCCAAGUACUUCAUCAGAGAUGAAUUUCUCCGUAUAAGCACAGCCAGCGGAGAUGGUAAACACUAUUGCUACCCGCACUUCACUUGUGCCGUUGACACCGAAAAUAUCAAGAGAGUGUUCAACGAUUGUCGGGAUAUCAUUCAGCGGAUGCACUUACGCCAGUACGAGCUCUUGUGACUUCAUUCCCGCCGACGUGUUGUCCUGUCGAGCGUUCGUCUUACUAUUUGCUCCUGCAGCUCCCCCACCACGAGCCGUUUCGAGCCAUAUGAGAGAAGCUAUAUUGCUAUUAUCUCGUAUGGCUAAGGAUAUAUCCUCGUGCCGCGAAAUAGUAUGGCAAGCCGUAUCGGUGGAACGCGAACGAAACGACCUCGUCGCACGUGAGAAAAUAUACAUACAAGGUCGAGAGAAGAAGGAGUAAGCCCUCUCGUCGAGUAAGAAACACUUUUUUCUCUGCUACGGGACAUAUGCUUCGUUAGUUUUCCUCAAAUGGAAUUUUCACGAUUCAUGGGGAAAAAUAACGGAUCUCCUAUGCCGACGAAAAAUACGGAGGAAAGAACUUUUCUCUCUGUGAAAGCGUUGUACGAGCCCUGAUACAACGCGUGUACCACGUCCUGCUCUCCAUCUCCAAUCUUGCUGUCCUUUGCAAUAUAGAGAUAUUUUGACAUGUACUUUGACAUAUUCGGCCAGUCCUUUCUCCUUUUUUUUCUGUUUUUUUUUUUUUUUCUUCUUUCUUCUUUUUUAGAUUCGAGGAGAGUGUGCUGAAUGGCUGAGCGGCCGCCCUUACACCGGCCACUGAUAACUCGUGCAAUUCUAAUUAUUAUCUCGUUAAUUUUAUUUUUAUUACAUAUCAAUUCGUUGAUAAAAGCAAGGGGAAGAUAAGCAAGGACCGUGAUAUAUAUCUCCCAGAUUAUUAAUAUUUAUCACAAGCUAUAUGCAUCGUCCUCUGCAAAACGUAUGUUCUUCUACACAUGUUCAAUACACUAUCUAAACGUCGCGGCUCGGUUUAAAUGGUAAGAAUAUUUCUUAAGGACAUUGGCCAUCUCUUUCUCUCUUUUCCUCUCUCUCUCUCCCCCCCCCUC